AUGAAUUCCUCCCAGUUUGAUAGACCCAUUUCCCUACCCUCCUUACCUCGAGAUCAUCUAACCCCCGAACGCUUCCUGGCCACUGUGGAAAGAGUAGUUCAGUCUAACAAUCAGUUCACCCUGGACGAUUCUCUUAAUGUGAAUGUCAUCCACGUUGAAAUGCCCCAAGGUGCCGGUAAUGGAAAGAGACAUGACAUUGUCAACCUAAAAGCCUACCUGAACAAAAAAGCUGCAUUGUGCUCGGGCUAUUGUCGUGGCGAAAAACAAAGUAUGACAACGAUCCAGAUUAUAGGAAUAUUGUGGACCACCAUAGAGCACAGCAAGAUCACCUAGCCAAUUAACUUUAUGAAUUUGCCAGUGUUCCCCUGGGACCAUGCUCUAUCCUAGAGAUUAAAAAGUUCACAAUGGUCCUCGCUGGAUACCAGCUCAAUAUUGUGUCCAAAGAACAUUUAAACGCUCUCAUUUACUCAGGUCCACAAGCAGAAUAUAUACCUAUACCUUUAUCACCAUGAUAAUCACUACGAUGUGAUCACCAGCAUGCCUGCCUUUCUUGCACAGAAGCAGUAUUGUCACAGAUGCAAGAAAAGGCUUUGAUAAAAUCACCAACCACCCAUGUGGAGACCUAUGCAAGUUGUGUAACACACAGAACUGUCCCAUUGUUGAGUGGAAACAUUGCAGAGACUGAGAGGAAUGUUUCAAACGCCAUAAAGACGACGACGGUCCAGCCAAAGCGUUAUGUCAUUCCUUGGUCAAAUGUAAGUUGCACGAGCGCGUCGUUACUCGGGUCAGCGCAAAUGAUCAUCACUGCGGCAUGGUGAGAUGUUUCAUGUGGCAUAAGUAUGCCCGUCCUGAAGGUCACCAAUGGUUUCUUCAACCUGUGGAAACAAGACAACCGGCACAAGUACGGCAACAAAACAACCUUCUGGACGAUGACAUAUAGAGGUUGUAGAGCAGGAGUCCAACCUCAUGUUUUUCGACUUCAAGUGUAUCCGAGUCGAGGGUGUUCACACCCCCAACUUAUGCGUCAUUCAAAAUGAAAGCGGCGAUGAAACUUUUUUCUGGCCCUGACACAAGUUCUGUGAGUGGCUAUUCCAGCCGCAACAUGCAAAAACUACUUUCAUUGCACACAAUCUGCAGGUGUACGACAGCUAUUUUAUUCUCCAAAACCUAUACAACAAAGGCAUCUCUCCCGAACUCAUCACCUGUGGUGCAAAAAUCCUGUCUUUAACCGUUUCUGAACUAAACAUAAAAUUCAUAGACUCGUUAUGUUUUAUCAAAAUGAAAUGUUUUAUCAAAAUGAAAUGAAAUAUCUGAAAUGAAAUAUAUGUAUCGGUAAAUAUCUUGUUGACAUCUUUAAUAAAGAAAGCAACACGGUGUGGGUGAUUCAUGGUUGUCUCUGGAAUGGGUGCGAGUGAUGCUAUACUGGGGAUAUGGUGAAUCCAGUUAACCAUCUUUCUAUGCAUGAUCUGCGAGAGCACAUUAGAGAAAACCCAAUACCUUUGCGAGAAUGGUUACAACGUCAUAGAGAUAUGGACCUGCGACAUCCAAUGUGAGCUCAACAAUUUCAAAAUCUGCGAACCUCUAGAGCCUCAACAAGCAUUCUUCGGUGGUUGCCCCAAUGCCACACAUCUUUACCACGAGGCCAGAGAUGACGACAAGAUUCACUAUGUGGACUUCUGCAGUCUAUCCCUGGUGAGUACGUUUCUAAUCGCACUAGCGAAAAAUUGUAUUGCUUACUAACCUUCUCAAGCAAUUUUAAGAACAUAGAGAUGGUCUCUUCAAAGAUUACAUCAAUAUAUUCCUCAAAAUCAAGCAAGAGGUAGGUUUGUAAAAAAAGAAGCUAUUCCUGUCCUGCUAAUAGUUUCUUAGCUAUUAUUUUCCUUUUCAGGCAAGUGGUUUUCCAGCAGGAUGCGAUACAGAUGAGAAGGCAGAGUACAUUUCUGAUUACGCUGCAAAACAGGAAAUACAGCUGGAUCAAGAGACAGAUCAUCAAGAAUCCUUCAAGACAGAUCAUCAAGAAUCUGGAGACAGAUCAUCAAGAAUCCUUGCCUAA